AUGUAUGCAAUGUUGUGUACUCGACCUGAUAUUAGUUACGCUGUCAGUGUAGUAAGUAGAUAUCAAAGUAAUCCUGGUGAGCCUCAUUGGGCAGCUGUUAAAAGGAUACUUAGAUACAUUCAUGGCACUAAAGACUACAAAUUGACUUAUCAUUGUAAUGGUGACAACUUAGAAGUUGUUGGAUAUUCAGAUGCAGAUUUUUCUGGCGAUGUUGAUGACGAUAAGUCUACUUCAGCCUAUGUAUUCCUUCUUGGUGGAGGUGCAAUUUCAUGGUGUAGUAAAAAACAGUCAUGUGUGGCUAAAAGUACCAUGGAAGCUGAAUAUAUAUCAUAUAGCGGCGCAGCUUCUGAAGCUGUUUGGAUUAAGAGGUUUCUUGAAGAUUUGAAAAUAAAUGAAAUAGCUAACAAGCCAAUAGCUAUUAUGUGUGAUAACCAAGCUGCUAUAUAG